AUGAAGCUUGAAACUCUUGGUGUGUUUGGUGAUGAAGUGGAGUCAGUGGUGGGGGGAGAUUCAAUCACUCUAAACUCUGGUCUUACUGAAAUAAUGAGUGGUGAUGAGAUUCAGUGGAGGUUUUGGAUUGAAAACACCUUAAUAGCUGAAAUCAAUAAACGGGCUGACAGCAUGACUGUAUAUGAGGAUGUUCGGAGAUUCAGAGACAGAUUGAAGCUGGACAAUCAAACUGGAUCUCUGACCAUCACAAACAUCACAACUGAAGAUGCUGGAGAUUAUGAACAAAUGACUAACAAACUGUUUGCGAUUUUCAGUCUCACUGUCUAUGCUCGUCUGCCUGUUCCUGUCAUCAGCAGUAACUCUACACACUGCUCUUCAUCAUCAUCAUCAUCAUAUUGUUCAUUGGUGUGUUCAGUGGUGAAUGUGACUCUCUCCUGGUACAAAGGAAACAGUUUAUUGUCCAGCAUCAGUGUGUCUGAUCUCAGCAUCAGUCUCUCUCUACCUCUGGAGGUGGAAUAUCAGGAUAAAAACAGCUACAGCUGUGUGCUCAACAAUCCCAUCAGCAACCAGACUCAACAUCUGGACAUCAGUGAACUCUGUCAGACAUGUUCAGAAUCUGUCCACUGUUGUGGUUCUACUGAAGCUGUGAUCCGAUUGGUCCUCUCUGCUCUGGUGGGCGUGGCUACUGUCAUUCUUCUGGUUUAUGACAUCAGAGCCAGAAGAGUUGAAAAAGAUCAUGCACAUAUUCACACAACAGAGGUCACAGCAGUGUUGUAA